AUGGGUAACAUCUUCUCUACUCCCGCCGGGGACGGCAUCAGUCCGGAGCAGUUCCAAGAGGUCGAGAAGAAACUCGCCGAGAAGGAGCAGGCCAUCACCACCCUCGAGGAGAGUCUCUCCAAGAAGGAGGAGGAGCACGAGACCCUCGCUAAGGAUGCCGACCAACUCCGCGAGAAGAUCACCGCCCUCGAGGCCAAGCUGAGCUCUGCCGGCCAGUCUGACGAAGAGGCCACCAAGCUCAAGGAUGAGCUGAAGAAGAGCGCCGACGAGGCCGCAGAGAAGCUGGCCGCCAGCGAGUCGACAGUCGCUGCCCGCGAGCAGGAGCUGGCCACCACCAAGGCUGAGCUGGCCUCGGUCGAGGAGAAGCUCAAGGGCCUCGAGUCCGAGCUGGAGACGGUCAAGAAGGAGCUGGCCCAGGCCAGCGAGGACCGCGCCGCCUUUGAGAAGACGACCAAGGAGGAGAUCGAGGCACUCAAGGAGCUCAAGGCCAAGCUCGAGGCCGACCUGGCCGCCGCCGCCAAGGACCUCGAGGACAAGAAGAGCGCCGCCGCCGCCUCGGACGAGAAGACGGCCGCCCUGCAGAAGUCGUACGACGAGCUCAAGUCUGAGUCGGAGAAGCACGCCUCGACCCACCAGGGCGCCGCUGACGACCUGCGCUCCAAGCUCGAGACGUCUGAGAAGGCCGUCGAGGCCCACAAGAAGGAGACGGACGAGCUCCGGGCCAAGUUCGACGCCCUCAAGGGCGACCACGACGCCCUGACCCAGGACUCGGCCGCCACCAAGGACAAGCUCGCCGCCGCCGAGGAGCAGCUCAAGGCCGUCCAGGCCAAGCUCGAGACCGAGCUCAGGGCUGCCCAGGAUGAGCUCUCCGAGUCCAAGAAGGAGGUCGAGGCCGCCAAGGCCCAGGUUGUCGAGCUCGAGAAGAAGCUCGCCGAUGCCUCGUCUGCCUCGUCCAACUCCGCCACCGAGCUGGCCACGGCUCAGGCCAACGCCGCCGCCCUGGAGGAGAAGCUCAAGGAGGCUGCCGCCAAGUACGAGACCGACCUCCGGGCCGCCAAGGACGAGGCCGCCUCGUCCUCGGAGAGGGGCAUUGCCGAGGUCAAGGCCAAGCACGAAGCCGAACUCCAGUCCGCCAAGGAUGCCGCCGCCGCCACCGAGAAGGAGCUUGCCGAGACCAAGUCGAAGCAGGCGGCUGACGUGCAGGCCGCCAAGGACGCCGCCGCCGCUGCCGAGAAGCAGCUCGAGGAGGCCAAGGCUGCCCACGAGUCGGAACUCAAGGCUGCCAAGGAGGCUGCCGCUGCCGACAAGGAGAAGGACCUCGCCGACGCCAAGUCGGCGCAGGAGUCCGAGGUCAAGGCCGCCAAGGAGGCUGCCGACAAGGAGCUGGCCGACGCCAGGUCUGCCCAGGAGAGGGCCGAGAAGGAGCUUGCAGAGGCCAAGGCCGCCAAGGAGGCUGCCGACAAGGAGCUGGCCGAGGCCAAGUCCGCUCAGGAGGCGGAGCUCAAGGCUGCCAAGGAUGCCGCCGCCGCUGCCGAGACGGCCCUCGCCGAGGCCAAGGCCCAGCAGGAGUCGGAAGUCAAGGCUGCCAAGGAGGCCGCCGCCGCCGCUGAGAAGGAGCUCUCCGAGGCCAAGAUCGCCCACGAGGCCGAGCUCAAGUCUGCCAAGGAGGCUGCCGCCGCUUCGGAGAAGGAGCUGGCUGAGGCCAAGGAGAAGCAGGAGUCCGAGCUCAAGGUCUUCAAGGACCAGGUUGCCGAGCUCGAGACCAAGCUCAAGGAGGCUUCCGAAAAGCCCGCCGCUGAGGAAGCCAAGGAGGCCGAGGCAUAA